ACCUGUACAGCAUUAUAGAUAUUGCAUAUAACCCAGAUGUUCUUCAGAGGGGAGAAGAAAACCCAGAAAAAAUGGAACACUUGAUCCGUUUGACACUUAAAUUCGUUGAGGAACGAUGCAACCUUAUUCUGUCUUAUUUGUACACCAUUGAAUCAUUCAAAUUGAAAGGAAGCCUGGAAACAAUGCAGCAGCGUCUGAAAGGAAGGCAGAUGCCAACUCCACAUCUCAGUCAGAACACUAAGAAGGAACUGACACUCAAUGAGCUGCUACACGCUGUGGAAGCUGAGGACUGCAGCAAUGCUCCUGUGCUGCUGAAGGAAGAAAGUGUGACACAGUCUAAAGUGCAUCUGAUAGAGGAAAUUACCAGUACUGAAAUGCCAGAGAAGCUAAGUACCCCUGUCUAUGAAAUUACCACCGUGAAGGAUGCAAACAAGAAACCACUCAAAAUUGAACUCAAAAUUGAAUUGCCUAAGGUUAGCUCUGUUUCUGAGUGUGAUCUGAGAAUAUCAAAGGAUGACAUAAUCAUUGAAGUCCCCAAAAAAUACAAACUACAACUAGAUCUGCCAGAAUUGGUGGAUGAAGAAACAACUACAGCAGUAUUUCACAAAGGAAAACGGGGGCGAAUACCUCAAAUGCCUUUAGAAGAUGCAUGUAGAAAAGGAAGUCUGGAGGAAUACUAG